UCUUCUUCUUCUUCUUCACCAGAGCAAUUGUGAAAGAGUUUGAAGACAGAAGAUUUCUCAAACUAUGGCGAGGGACUCAGGGUAUGGAAUAUUUGUGACCACAAAAACCGAACUCGAAGUUAUCGAGUGGGAUCAAGGAUGGGACUAUAUGCAAAAGGGGUUCACAAAGCUGAAGAGAAUUCUAGAAGGAUUGUCCGAGUCUCAGUUUACAUCAGAAGAAAAUAUGAUGCUUUACACAACUAUCUAUAACAUGUGUACUCAAAAGCCCCCAUAUGAUUAUUCUUGGCAACUUUAUGACAAGUACGGGGAAGUAUUGGAUGAAUACAUUACUUCAGCGGUCUUGCCCUCUUUAAGAAACAAGCAUGAUGAGUUUCUGCUGCUGGAGUUUGCUAAAAGAUGGGAGACUCAUAAGGUUAUGGUGAAGUGGCUAUCAUUCUUUUUUAAUUAUCUUGACCGUUUCUUUGUAUGUCGAAGAUCACUGCCAAAGCUAAGGGAAGUUGGACUUGCCCGCUUCCGUGAAUUGGUUUAUCGGGCUGUGAAGGCUAAUGUGAGAGCUGCUGUUAUUGCUAUUAUUAAUAAAGAACGUGAGGGGGAGCAGAUUGACAUAGCACUAUUGAAGAAUGUGGUAAAUAUAUUUGUUGAAAUGGGAAUGGGACAAACUGAUGCUUAUGUAGUAGACUUUGAAGCUCACAUGCUAGAAGCUACAUCUGAGUACUAUUCUCGAAAGGCAUCAAGUUGGAUUUUGGAGGAUUCGUGUCCAGAUUACAUUUUUAAGGCAGAGGAAUGCUUGAGAAGGGAGAGAGAGAGAGUAUCUCAUUACCUGCAUUCGAGUAGUGAGCAGAAGCUGAUGGAGAAAGUGCAAUUCGAGUUGUUAGUGGUUUAUUCAGGUCCACUGCUUGAAAAGGACCUUUCUGGAUUUCAUGCUUUGCUUAGAGAUGAUCAGGUGGAGGAUCUUUCGAGGCUGUAUAGACUUUAUAAUAAGAUUCCACAUGGCUUGGAUCCGAUUGCCAAGUUAUUUAGAGAGCAUGUUACCGCGGAAGGUAUAACCUUGGUCCAACAAACAGAAAAUGCUGCAAAUGACCACUCUUCAAAUGGAUCUGGAAUGCAGGAACAAGUUCUUGUCAAAGAAAUAGCCGAGCUGCAUGAUAAGUAUAUGGCAUACGUCAGUGAUUGCUUUAUGAACCACUCUUCCCUUCGUGUGGCUAUUAAAGAAGCUUUUGAGGCAAUUUGCAAUAAAACUGUUGCAGGCAGUUCUUGUGCUGAAUUACUUGUAGCACUAUGUGAUAAUAUCCUCAAAACAGGUGGCCGUGAGAAAUCGGGUGAUGAGGCUAUAGAAGAAACUCUUGAGAAGGUUGUUAAGCUGCUUCCUUAUAUCAGUGACAAAAACCUUUUCUCAGAAUUCUACAGGAAAAAACUUGCUCGUCGGCUGAUUUUUAAUCAGAGUUUGAAUGAGGACCUUGAAAAGAGUACUUUAGCAAAGCUGAAGCAGCAAUGUGGUGGACAGUUUACCUCCAAGAUGGAGGGGAUGGUCACUGAUUUGACAUUGGCUCGGGAGAAUCGGACUGGCUUUGAGGAAUACCUUCACAGUAAUCCAAAUGUGAAUCCUGGGAUGGAUUUGACAGUCACUGUUCUUACGACUGGCUUCUGGCCAAGUUAUAAAUCUUUUGAUCUUAACCUUCCUGUAGAACUUGUCAAGUGUGUCGAAGUUUUCAAGGGAUUCUAUGAAACCAAAACAAAAAACAGAAAACUCACCUGGAUUUACUCAUUGGGCACUUGCAACAUCAUCGGGAAGUUUGAGCCAAAAGUGAUUGAAUUGGUUGUAUCCACCUACCAGGCUGCUCUCCUGCUGUUGUUCAAUACUGCGGAUAGAUGGAGCUAUUCAGAAAUAUCCACGCAGUUGAACCUUAACCAUGACGACUUGGUUAGAAUUCUUCAUUCUCUGUCAUGUGCCAAGUACAAGAUCCUUGUUAAGGAGCCAAAUACAAACACUAUUUUGCCAAGUGACACCUUUGAGUUCAACUCUAAGUUCACACACAAAAUGAGAAGAAUUAAGAUUCCUCUCCCACCGGUGGAUGAAACAAAGGAGGUAAUUGAAGAUGUUGACAAAGAUAAGCGAUAUGCCAUUGAUGCUGCUGUUGUGCGGAUAAUGAAGAGUCGUAAAGCUUUGCGUCAUCAUGAAUUAGUUGUGGAGUGCGUAGAGCAGUUGGGACAUAUGUUCAAGCCUGAUGUCCGAGCAAUUAAGAAGCGGAUUGAAGAUCUCAUCACCCGCGACUACCUGGAGAGGGACAAGGAAAAUCUUAAGAUGAUCAGGUAUCUUGCAUAAUUCAAGUGCUGGAUUCCUCACUCAUAUAACUUUGGAUAGAGAGUGGAACAUGAAUAUAUGUAAUUAUAGUUUCUUUGAAUGUUAGAAUUGCUGUGAAGUAUGUGUAUUAGAAAUUAUGACUUCACAGGGGGAGAGUGGACUUUUUUCUUUCAGUUACCUAUUACAGCCAGUUUUGUAACAUUUGCCGAGGAGAUUUACAUGAAAUGUGAGAGAAUGUCGUCUGAUUUUUAAUUUCUAUUGUUCCUUGUUCUUUUAUUUGAAUCUACAGAUGUCAUGACAUAUUCUAGAAGAGUAGAAGACAUACAUUUUUAU